GCGAUAUGUCUCGAAAUCUUUGGGGACUUAGAUACCGUUCGACGAUUGAAAUGCGAACAUGUGUUUCACAGACAGUGCAUCGACCCUUGGUUUCAAGCGCGGCAUUUCAAUUGUCCAUUGUGUAAGUUGGUAUAUGUUGCACGGCCCGAACGGAGUCCG